AUGUAUCUUGUGCUGUUCUUAUUUUUGCCAUUAUAUCUGAGAUGCGAAGCUGUUUUACCUCCUUAUUUGCCUAUUCUGGAAAAUAAUAAUUUUGAGCGUGUUGAUGUAAUCGAACGAUACUUUCACAUGGGCCUUGGUUACAGCGAAAUUGUACUGUUUUUAGGUUUAUUGCACGGGUACGUUUUGAGCAUUCGUCAGCUGAAGCGAAUCCUACAACAACGUGGUCUUGGAAAACGAAGAAAUCGUUCCAACAUUGAAGAAGUUUACCGAGCAAUCAGAAGAGAAUUGCGUGGUAGCGGAAGCAUGAUGGGUUAUCGACAAAUGACUAGACGAUUACUACACGGUCAUGGUGUGGUUGUUGACAAAGAAACUGUGAGAGAACUCUUGAAGAUUUUGGACCCUGAAGGAGUUGAUGCCAGGUCAAGACAUCGAUUACAAAGGAGACAAUAUAAAACGGAGGGUCCAAAUCAUGUGUGGCAUAUAGACGGCUAUGAUAAGCUGAAACCCUUCGGUUUCUGCAUCCAUGGUUCGAUUGAUGGAUACAGCAGGCGUGUAAUGUGGCUUGAUGUGGGUCCUUCCAACAACAACCCCAGCGUAAUAGGUCAGUAUUAUAUUGAAUGUGUUCAACAGAUCGGAGGAACUGCCAGAAUAAUUAGAGGGGACUGUGGGACAGAAAAUGUUCAUGUAGCAGCCCUGCAACGUUUCUUCAAUAACGAUGAGCAAAGUUUUCUUUAUGGAAAGUCCUGUUACAAUCAACGUAUUGAGGCUUUUUGGGGUAUGCUUAGGAGAGGUUGUGUGGAUUGGUGGAUAAACUUCUUUAAAGACCUUAGGGAUAGUGGCCUGUUCUGUGAUACGGAUGACAUACAAGUUGAGUGUCUGAAGUUUUGCUUCACGAGCAUGAUACGUGACGAGCUGCACAGGUUUGCUAUGGAAUGGAACCUGCAUAGAAUUAGAAAGUCGGUAAAUGCAGAAUCUCCAAGUGGUCAACCUGAUGUCAUAUAUUUCCUCUCUUCAAGAACAGAUGAUGCAAGGGAUCUAAUUACGCCAGUUUCUGACGAAGAUAUAGAGAUUGCCCAACAGAGGUGUUGUGUCCAAACACCAGAACAUGGUUGCUCAGAAGAGUUUGUUGAAUUAGCGUCAAUUAUAAUGCUAGAGAAGCAUCUAGAAAUGCCUACCAAUUCAGAAGAUGCUGUUAUUUUAUAUUCAACCAUUGUAGAAGAGAUUGGACAAAUAUUAUAGAUUCAAG